CGGAAGUGUAUCAAAUACUUCUCCCCACUAUAUGGAGGUUUUAAACAGGACUGUGGGAAGAGGAUCCAGAGAGCAGAUCCCAUCAUUCAAUAAAGAUGACUGAGGCCAUUCCAGGGGCAUCCAUGCAUGCCCAUGCCAUGACACUAGCUCCACCGUGACACUAGCUCCACCAUGCCACUACCUCCACCAUGACACUAGCUCCACCAUGACACUACGUCCACCAUGCUUCAAAGAUGAGGUGGUAUGUUUUGGAUCAUCAGAAGGUUUCUUUUGUCUCUACACUUUUGCCUUCCCAUCAAGGUUCACCUUUGUUUCAUCUGCCCAUAAAAAUUUUCUGGCUGAUCUCUGUACCUCUUUAACAAAUUCUAACCUGGCCUUUGUAAUUCUGCUGCUGACAUCUACGAAUAGUAGAUUGGAAUACUUUCACCCCAGCAUUCUGGAGGUUGUUGGUGAUUUCACAGACAUUUGUUUUAAGGUGGUUUUUCACAUCUGUUUAUGUUUCUAUCAUCACAUGCUGUUUUCCUUGGCCGAUCUGUCACCAGUGGUUUCUGUCUUUUUCAGAAAGUCACAAACUUUUGAUUUGGCCAUGCUCAAAUUUUGUUCUAUGGUGUUCAUGUAUAAUUAUGCUUAUUGACACAGAACGAUUCCAAAAGAAGAUAAAACAGAGACUAAUCAUUCACAGCACAGUUUUGUGUGAACAAUCAAUGCAACAGAGAACACCUGAUCAAUUAAAAACACCUGUCCCAAUACCUACGCUUUUUUUAAAAGGGAGGACAGAAAUCUCUGACAGUGCUGUUACUCUUAGUUGAUAAAACAUGCAUCAGAGUGGACAGAAAUAAAAGGUGCUAUACUGUACUUUUGACUGAUAUUCAUCUUUUAAUUGUGUUUUCAUAUGCUUUGAGUGGUAUUGGGACAGUGAAUCAAUGUUGCUUUCACUGUCCCAAUACUUAUGUAUAUAUGUAUGUACCUAUUGUGAUGCACUCCCCUUGCUUGGCCACAGAGAUACAAAACAUAGGAGAGCACGGACCAUGAGACAGCUUGUGUGGUGAGCACUUUGGCCAAAUGGAAGGUUCCAGUGUUAUAUACAUUUACAUUAUUCAUGAGAUACUGUAUGCUUUCUUCUCAUCUUGCAAUCUAACGCCAGUUCGUCAUGGCAAAUGAGAAUUGGUUCUUAAGAGCGAAGGGAGCAAUUGACUCAGCUUGUAAGUGAUUAAUUCAUUAACUAAUUCUAUUAAAUUAUACUUGCACCCUAGUUACUGAUUGAUUCAACAUGUCCAGCCGGCACUAAGCCCAUGUAGGAUGUUGGGGCCAAACAGGCUCGGCUGGGGUAGCAAAGGUCUAUGAGAUUCCUUCAUCUCUUCAUCAAGUCUGCUUUCAGGUAGCCUGGCCGAAGUCACAAAUCUUUUAUCCUCCAGUCUUCAGAUCUUCUCACAUCUUUUUCAGAUUUGUGAAAACUUUACUCUUUAGUCCCCUCUACACUUCCAAUUCUCAAAAUCUCUAUGGCUUAGUGAGCAGAAACUCUCUCUGCAUUUCCGUCUGUUCAUCCGCCUGCAUGUCCAUCUGCCGGGCUGGUGGUUAGCCAGGUCGUUGGGCUGCGACGGUCAGCUCCCAGUGUGGGAGAUGAGAUGAGAGAAGACAGGGCACAGAGGUCAUGCCAGGCGGGCUGGACAGCAUCACCGCAACACUUUGAUCACCACAGCACUACAGAGCGGCGGUGGCUCUACGAUGGGGACUGAGCAUAACGCUGUGUCCUGUUAUCCAGAAAGAAGAUGAACACCCUGCUUUUAACGCCCCAUCCACCCCCUCUGUCCCUGAAUCAAACCCAAACCAUUUCUCAUCCUGAGAUCUACACAUAUCACCUCACCCCAGGCUACCAGCUCAACAGCAGCUGUGACUGGCCAGAGGCGGGAUUCAACUCUGGGCCUGUCUGUAAUUGGACGCUGGGUGAAGACAUCCCCGCCCUCACGUUGCCCACCUUCACCCUGGCAGCGAAGGUCCGCGUCAUCAUCACCUUCGUCCUGUGUGUGCUGUCCGCCUUCUGCAACGCGGCAGUUCUCUGGGCGGCAAACACCAAUCAGAAGAGGAGAUCUCAUGUGCGCGUCCUCAUCCUGCACCUGACAGUGGCCGACCUCCUGGUGACCCUGGUGGUGAUGCCGCUGGACGCGGUGUGGAACGUUACGGUGCAGUGGCUGGCCGGCGACGCCGCCUGCAGGGUUCUCAUGUUCCUCAAGCUGCAGGCCAUGUACAGCUGUGCCUUCAUCACGGUCAUCAUCAGCCUGGACAGACAGGCGGCCAUUUUGGACCCGCUGGCCAUCAACAAGGCCAGAAGGAGGAACAGCAUCAUGCUGACCGUGGCCUGGGUGAUGAGCGUGGCGCUGUCUGUCCCACAGAUGUUCAUCUUCCAUGUGGUGACCAUUGUGAAUCCCGCCGUCUUCACUCAGUGUACAACCCGAGGCAGCUUCCUGUCCCACUGGCAGGAGACCGUCUACAACAUGUUCACGUUCAGCUGUCUCUUCCUGCUGCCUCUCGCGAUCAUGAUCGUGUGCUACACCAGGAUACUCAUAGAGAUCUCCAAGAGGAUGUCUAAGGGGAACUUGUCCUCCAACGAAGUGCACCUGCGUCGUUCCAAGAACAACAUCCCUAAAGCUCGCAUGAGAACCCUUAAGAUGAGCCUCGUGAUCGUGCUGUCCUUCAUCGUCUGCUGGACCCCCUACUAUUUACUGGGCCUGUGGUACUGGUUUUUUCCAGACGACCUGGAAGGGAAGGUCUCCCACUCCCUGACACACAUCCUGUUCAUCUUCGGUCUAUUCAACACCUGCCUGGACCCCAUCAUAUACGGCCUCUUCACCAUACACAUCCGUAAGGGGCUGAAGCACUACUGUAAGACAGCUACCAUGAUGUCCGACCUGGAGAAAGCUACAGCUUUAACAGGAUCGCACAGGUACUCCGCCUCCUCCCUGCCAUGUAAGAGACAGACAUCUCCGGCAAGGCAGGACAGGAUGGAAACCUUCACAGAGCAGGACGUGACGGGAAACUUCACAGAGCAUGAACGGGUAGGAACCUUCACAGAGCAGGACAGGAUAGAAACCUUCACAGAGCAGAACAAGAUAGGAACUUCCACAGAGCAAGACAGUGUAGGAACCGGAACAGAGCAGGACAGGAUAGAAACCUUCACAGAGCAGAACAAGAUAGGAACUUCCACAGAGCAAGACAGUGUAGGAACCUUCACAGAGCAGGACAGGAUAGAAACCUUCACAGAGCAGGACAGGAUAGAAACCUUCACAGAGCAGGACAAGAUAGGAACUUCCACAGAGCAGGACAGGAUGGGAACCUUCACAGAGCAGGACAGGAUGGGAACCUUCACAGAGCAGGACAGGAUGGGAACCUUCACAGAGCAGGACAGGAUGGGAACCUUCACAGAGCAGGAAAGGGUAGAAGACAGCAGUUAUAGUGAGCAGAGAAAGACAAACAGAAUGAGACCUGCCUGCAACAGGAGCAGAUUUUUAGUGGUCUACUACAAAAAUGGAGAAGGAGAUCCCGACUGGUCUGAGAGCAUGUUAUGAGAUGGAGUACUACACAAAGCUACGUUUUUAUAGCCAUGUCCCUGGUUUAUUAUUAUGUGAAGUGCACAUGCUUGUUAUGAUACACCUCAUAAACACUUCAUGUAGCAAAAGUAAGACAACUUUGCUGUCAUAACACCACUUUUUUUUUUUAUCUAGCAGAUGCUUUUAUCCAGAAUUAAGUGUAUUUAACUUAAGGGUGAAAAAAUUACAUAUCACAGAAAAUAGUAUGUUUUUCCUCAAUGAAUAAAUGAUC